AUGACUCUAAAUGUCACCAGUAUGGAUGGAGAAGAGUUAAUAGCUGAAAGAGAUUCAUCUUUUCGUGUCCUUACAGGCUGUUUCCUUUCUGUCCUAAUACUUUCAACACUUCUAGGUAACACCUUGGUGUGUGCUGCUGUUGUUAGGUUUCGCCACCUAAGGUCCAAAGUCACAAACUUUUUUGUGAUUUCACUGGCCGUGUCAGACCUUUUAGUAGCGGUCUUGGUCAUGCCUUGGAAAGCAGUUGCGGAGAUUGCUGGUUUUUGGCCUUUUGGUUCAUUCUGCAACAUCUGGGUUGCUUUUGAUAUAAUGUGCUCAACAGCUUCGAUUUUGAACCUUUGCGUAAUCAGUGUGGAUAGAUACUGGGCCAUCUCCAGUCCAUUUAGAUAUGAGAGAAAAAUGACACCCAAGGUGGCUUUCAUUAUGAUAAGUGUUUGCUGGACAUUAUCAGUCCUGAUAUCUUUCAUUCCAGUGCAACUCAACUGGCAUAAAGCAAAAACAACCAGUUUCUUUGAUUUGAACAUCACUUUACAAGGUAGCACGAUGGACAACUGUGAUUCCAGCUUGAACAGGACAUAUGCAAUUUCUUCAUCACUGAUUAGCUUCUAUAUACCAGUGGCCAUCAUGAUUGUAACUUACACAAGGAUAUACAGAAUAGCAGCUAAACAAAUAAGACGCAUCUCGGCUUUGGAAAGGGCAGCGGUACAUGCUAAGAACUGCCAAAAUACCACUGGCAAUGGAAGCAGUAUUGAUUGCCAGCAACCUGAAAGCUCAUUGAAAACAUCCUUCAAAAGAGAAACGAAAGUUCUAAAAACGUUAUCAGUGAUUAUGGGAGUAUUUGUAUGCUGCUGGUUGCCAUUUUUCAUACUAAACUGCAUGGUGCCAUUUUGUGACCCCAGUGCGAAAACAAGUGGAACAGAGCCUUUCUGUAUUAGUUCUACCACCUUUGAUGUUUUUGUGUGGUUUGGGUGGGCAAAUUCAUCAUUGAAUCCCAUUAUAUAUGCUUUUAAUGCGGAUUUCCGUAAAGCAUUUUCAACACUACUAGGCUGCUACAGGCUCUGUCCCACAUCUAGUAAUGCUAUAGAAACUGUUAGCAUUAACAAUAAUGGAGCAGUAGUCUACUCAUGUCAACAGGAACCGAAGAGUUCAGCUCCAAAAGAGUGUAACUUAGUUUAUCUGAUUCCACAUGCUAUUAUUUGUCCGGAAGAUGACAUCUUGAGUAAAGAUGAAGAAAGGUCUAUUUCUAAAAGUUUGGAGAAAAUGUCUCCAGCAUUCUCUGGGAUUUUGGAUUAUGAUGCUGAUGUCUCACUGGAAAAGAUAAAUCCCAUUACACAAAAUGGACAGUUAAAAACCUGA